AUGAGCAUUACAACAUCCGAUGGUACUAUCCUGAGCGUCGGAGCCGGUGCUGAGAAAAUUGCGAGAUGCAGAAAUGGACGAUGGCAGGCUCAGAGUAUUGACGGCCAAUUUGUAAGAUUCAUCAGUGUGCAGUGCCUGAAAGACGUCACGGUGGCUACACCAACAGGAAGCGCUCCAACAAAGCCCUUCCCCUCACGACCUACCCCUACGCGACCACAUCCCACACGUACCGCUCCCACGCGACCACAUCCCACACGUACCGCUCCCACGCGACCACAUCCCACACGUACCGCUCCCACGCGACCACAUCCCACACGUACCGCUCCCACGCGACCACAUCCCACACGUACCCCUCCCACGCGGGACCAGAUCACACACGUACCCAUCCCACGCGACCGCAUCCCUCACAUACCGCUUCCACUCAACCAGAAUCCACAGGUACUAAACCCACGCGGCCAGAAUCCACAGGUACUCAACCCACGCGACCGAAACCCACAAAUGUCGCUCCCACAAAACCAGAACCCACGCACGCCGCUCCCACCGAACCAGCUUCCACACACUCACCUACCGUGCGACCAAGUCCCACGCAUAUAG